UGACUUGUCAGAUGUACAAAAACCGCAACUUUCAUUAAUUGGCUAUUUUUCUAACAGCCAAAAACCAAAGCGGUUUUCACUUUCACUACAGCUACAGAACUAGACUCCAUUAACAUCUUUAAUAAUUCUCUCAUUUUUUGUAUUUUUCUCUAAAGGAGUUUUGUUUUCAAUGGCUAAACAGAGAGAAGAAAGUGAGAAGAAUGAAUUUUGGGAUGGAAUUAUAGAGGGAAUUCCUUUAUUUGCUAAAGAACUUAUAGCUGGAGGUGUAGCUGGUGGUUUUGCUAAAACUGCUGUUGCCCCUUUUGAGCGUAUCAAGAUUUUAUUUCAGACCAGACAAGCUGAAUUUCGGAGUUUGGGGCUGUUUGGAUCCUUUACAAAGAUAGCCAAGACAGAAGGAGCGCCUGGUUUUUUCAGGGGAAAUGGAGCUAGUGUUGCUCGCAUCGUCCCAUAUGCAGCAUUGCAUUACAUGGCCUACGAAGAGUACCGCCGCUGGAUUAUAAAUGGAAUUCCUGGAGUUGGGACCGGUCCGAUUCUAGAUCUCAUAGCAGGAUCAUUUGCUGGUGGAACUGCUGUACUUUUUACUUAUCCACUUGAUUUAGUUCGAACGAAAUUGGCUUACCAGGUAGUUGGAUCCCAAAACUUAAACGUACAAGGGCUCGUUACUGGUGAACAAGUUUAUAAAGGAAUAAAGGACUGUUUUUCAAAGACAUACAAGGAGGCUGGAACUAAAGGCCUAUACCGUGGUGUUGCCCCGUCACUUUAUGGAAUCUUUCCAUAUGCCGGGUUAAAAUUUUACUUCUACGAGAAAAUGAAGAGCCAUGUCCCUAAGGAGCGCAAGAAGGAUAUCGCUACAAAACUAGCAUGUGGAUCUGUUGCAGGACUUCUAGGUCAAACUUUCACUUAUCCUUUAGAUGUUGUCAGGCGGCAAAUGCAGGUUCAGCGACUCUCAGCAUCAAACAGCCAUGAAAUGAAAGGAACAUCUGAUACUCUUGUUAUGAUUGUGCAAAGACACGGAUGGAAACAACUAUUUUCCGGGCUUAGCCUCAACUAUCUGAAGGUUGUACCAUCUGUUGCGAUUGGAUUUACAGUUUAUGAUAUGAUGAAAGCGUAUCUGAGAGUACCAUCGCGAGAUGAUGCUGUCGUACAAGUUGUCACUAGUAGCAGAAAUAAUCAACCAUCCACUAUGCAGUCUUGACAAUCUUAACGAAUCGUCCUUGGGCUCAGAAAUUGCCACGGUUCGAUUUUGGCAAACGCGCCAUCUUGGGGGGCUGCUGAAGUUUGUAUAUUUCCAUUCUUUAACAUAGUAGGCAUGAUUCUUCAUUACAAUAAAUUGUCAACUCGGCAAGUUCCUCCUGAAUUUACGUAGGAUCCAGGCAUUCAGUAUAUACACUGAGGUUUAAUCACUUGACGCCUUAAUCCCAGAUUGAUUUGGGUUGGCUAUAAAUCCUCUAUAUCAAUCAUCUGUAUACGAGGUCAUGUUGCAAUGAUGUAUAUUAACUUGUUGUAAAGCAAUGCCUCAUUCUGGCAUCUUAUGAUUUGAUAGAAAAGUUUAAUGACCUAAGCUUGUUAGGAAUACUAUGUGUUACUCUUUAAAUUCCAUUUUUGUGAUGUAUUCAUAGUAGAACCAAGAGAACUGCUGUUGUUUAAGUACAAUUAUUUUUUUAGUUCU